AUGGGUCAGUUCAUGUCCAAACGUAAUGAUUUGGCACCAGGGGUUUUCCCACAUGUCCACUUCUCAACCAAUGGGGAAGGACCUCCCAUGUACUCUUCACACCAGUUUGACUCCGACAGGUUACAACAAGAUGGUAACCUGCAGAUCCCUCCGACCAUUGUCAUCUCAGACGAGGAUUCAAGCGGUGUGUCAGAACGCCGGGGCUCGAGGAUGGAGCUCCGUAGACCUUCCUUCUACAGCACGAUAGAUUUGGUACCACAGCUGGAGCAUUAUGUCAGUACGUUGCCACGGCAACAGGCCAGGAGCAGACCUUCUCUGGAGGCUCUCCGCAGGGCAUUCGAGGUACAUUUUCUGGAAAAAGCAGGAGUGGAGGCAACAAAUCCCACCUCAGACUCAGGAAUAAGCAGCCUGCCGGCCACAGACAGUGACAAUGGAGAGUCUCCAGAUCCUCCAGGGAAAGGUCCUGUUCGGUUUGGUUGGAUAACUGGAGUCAUGGUCCGGUGCAUGCUGAAUAUUUGGGGGGUCAUCCUGUUCCUCCGCCUGUCAUGGAUCACGUCUCAGGCAGGCAUUUUGCUGACCUGGGUUAUUAUCCUCAUGUCUGUGAUGGUGACCUCAGUAACUGCUCUCUCCAUCUCUGCCAUCGCCACCAAUGGGAGGGUCACUUCAGGAGGAGCAUAUUUCAUGAUCUCUCGCUCUCUGGGUCCUGAAAUCGGAGGUCCCAUUGGGAUGGUGUUUUCCUUCGCCAAUGCUUUGGCUUGUGCACUCAACACUGUUGGCUUUGCAGAGGUGGUUCGUGAUCUGCUACAGGAAUUUGGUGUCAUCAUGGUUGAUUCAAUCAACGAUGUCCGUAUUGUGGGUGUGAUCACUGUGACCGUUCUGCUGCUCAUCUCUCUGGCUGGGAUGGAGUGGGAGUCCAAGACCCAGAUUUUGUUCUUUAUAGUUAUCAUAGUCUCCUUUUCCAACUACUUGGUGGGCACAUUCCUCCCUCCCAGUCCAGAGAAAAAAGCCCAGGGCAUCUUUGGAUACCGCAGUGAGAUCUUCUUAGCAAACCUUAAACCAGACUGGAGAGGACCUGAAGGCAACUUUUUCCAGAUGUUUGCCAUUUUCUUCCCCUCUGCCAUCGGCAUCCUGUCUGGAGCCAACAUCUCUGGAGACCUCAAAGACCCUGCUUCUGCAAUCCCUAAAGGCACCCUCACGGCCAUUUUUUGCACUGCAGUCAGCUAUUUAGUGAUAUCUGCAACAGUUGCUUCAUGUGUAGUGAGGGAUGCCUCUGGAAAUAUAAGUGACAUUCUGACUGGAAAUGGCACUGACGGCUGUGUUGGACUGGCAUGUAACCUGGGCUGGAACUUCACUGAGUGUAUCCAGUCACAGUCCUGUGGAUAUGGUCUGGCCAACAAUUUAAAGGUACUGGGCCAAGUUUCUGGUUUCUACUACCUCAUCACUGCUGGUGUGUUUGCAGCCAGCUUAUCAUCUGCUCUUGGAUUUCUCGUCUCCGCCCCCAAAGUCUUUCAGUGUCUGUGCAGAGACAAAAUAUACCCGUACAUCGGAUUCUUUGCAAAGGGUUAUGGGAAAAAUGAUGAGCCAUUGCGAGCCUAUUUGCUCUGUUACAUCAUUGCUGUGGCCUUCAUUCUUAUCGCUGAGCUGAACACAAUUGCAGCUUUGAUCUCCAACUUCUUCCUGUGUUCCUACAGCCUUAUAAACUUCAGCUGCUUUCAUGCUUCAAUCACCAACUCCCCUGGUUGGAGGCCAUCAUUUCACUACUACAGUAAAUGGACAGCUCUGUUUGGAGCAGUGAUCUCUGUCGUUCUAAUGUUCCUGUUCACCUGGUGGGCCGCUCUCACCACCUUCUGUAUCAUCUUCUUUCUGUUUGGAUACGUCAACUACAACAAGCCAAAGGUAAACUGGGGUUCAUCAGUCCAGGCAGGUACAUAUAACAUGGCUUUGUCGUACUCUGUCUCUCUGUCUGGUGUGGAGGAUCACGUCAAGAAUUUUAGACCACAGUGUCUCGUCCUGACUGGACCCCCAAACCAGAGACCUGCACUGGUGGACUUUGUUGGCUCCUUCACAAAGCAUAUAAGCCUCAUGAUCUGUGGAGACAUUAUCACUGAACAGGACAGGCAGACUCGGCCGCAGGACGCUACAGGCUGGUUGGUUAAGUGGAUGAACAAAAGGAAGGUGCGCUCGUUUUAUACUCCUUUCACAGCUGACAGUCUCAGACUUGGAGCUCGAAACUUGCUGCAGGCUUCUGGUCUUGGCAAACUGAAGCCCAACACUCUGGUCCUGGGCUUCAAGGCCAACUGGAAGGAAAGUUCUCCUGAAAGCAUUGAAGACUAUAUCAACACCAUAUACGACACCUUUGACUCCAACUACUGUUUGUGUAUCUUAAGGAUGAUGGAUGGACUGGACAUCUCUGAUCAGUUUGAUUUUGAAGUAAACCAUGGCUUUGAACCUGAUGAACCUGUUGAAAAUGGCAGCCAACAGUCUCCUGAGAGGGAAUCAGCUGAUGACGUCUCUGAUAAAGGCGACAAUGAUCAGAUCAAGACGGUGUUUCAGAAUGACCAGGGGAAAAAGACCAUCGACGUCUACUGGAUAGCAGAUGAUGGAGGUUUGACUUUGCUGGUUCCUUACCUGCUCACCAGGAGGAAGCGCUGGCGCAGCUGUAAGGUCCGAGUUUUCAUCGUGGGAGAUGAGCAGAACAUGGAGGAAGGCCGUGAUGAGAUGAUGGCUCUGCUGAAAAGGUUCCGUCUGGAUUUUAAUGACGUUAUAGUCAUGACAGACAGUGAGAAGCGUCCUCAAGCCAAGAACCUGAGUAGGUUUGUGGACAGUGUCGCCCCCUUCAGGCUCUAUGAUGAACAGCAGGAAGGCGUCUCAGUUCAGGGAGUGAGGCAAAGUGCACCAUGGAAAAUAUCUGACAAGGAGUUUGAGGCCUUUAAGCUUAAGUCUGAGAGAAAAGUGAGGCUGAAUGAAAUCAUUCGGAGGAACUCACAACACACUGCUCUGGUGCUUGUGAGCCUUCCUGUUCCACACAGCGACUGCCCCAGUGCUCUGUACAUGGCCUGGCUGGACGCUCUGACCUGUGGCCUCCACUGUCCUGCAGUACUGAUCCGAGGAAACCAGCAGAACGUUCUAACGUUUUACUGCCAGUAAAACCUGCCUGAGAGGAAGGGAGGAUGGAGCUCUGAUAGGAAUUGAGAUUUUAAGAUGCUAAAAAAAAUGUAAUGCGCUAGAAUUACUAUGGAAAACCCAGGCAAACCAAAUAAGUGAUAAACAAAGAUGAUAUUUGAAUAAUAAACAGAUGUGACAAAUGUUCAGAGCUUUGGUAAGCAGAAUUCUCAUUUAUAUUUAGUUCAAAUCUGGUGACUUUAAAGGUCUGAACACAAAUCAUAUGUUUUAUUUACUGUAUCGUUUAAUACACACUUGUGGAAGCUUCUGACUUUAUUAUGCUUCAGUUUUUUUUUUAAUUUGUCACAAAUGUAUGUAUAUACCCUGGAAAUAUUUAUAUUUCACCAUUCAGCUAAGGUGGGGAAACA